AUGAAUAUACUUCUUUGGGUACUUUAUAUGGCAAUUGUGCCUAUGGCUUUCCCCAUUGACGAUGAUGACAAGAUCGUCGGAGGAUACACCUGCGCACCGAAUUCUGUCCCCUACCAGGUGUCCCUGAACUCUGGCUACCACUUCUGCGGAGGCUCCCUCAUCAAUAACCAGUGGGUGGUGUCUGCAGCUCACUGCUACAAGUCCCGCAUCCAAGUGAGACUUGGGGAGGAUAACAUUAGAGUCAAUGAGGGGACUGAGCAGUUCAUCAAUGCUGCCAAGGCCAUCCGUCACCCCAAGUACAACAGCAAGACCCUGGACAAUGACAUCAUGCUGAUCAAGCUCUCCUCUCCCGCAACCAUCAACUCCCGGGUGGCCACGGUAGCCUUGCCCAGCUCCUGUGCUCCUGCUGGUACCCAGUGCCUCAUCUCCGGCUGGGGAAACACCCUGAGCUUUGGUGUGAACAACCCAGACCUGCUGCAGUGUCUGGACGCCCGGGUGCUGUCUCAGGCUGCGUGCGAAGCCUCCUACCCUGGGGAGAUCACCAAGAACAUGUUCUGUGCUGGCUUCCUCGAAGGAGGCAAGGAUUCCUGCCAGGGUGACUCUGGCUGCCCUGUGGUCUGCAAUGGGCAGCUCCAGGGAAUCGUGUCCUGGGGUUAUGGCUGUGCCCUGAAGAACAGUCCUGGAGUGUACACCAAGGUGUGCAACUUCGUGAGCUGGAUUCAGGCGACUAUUGCUGCCAACUGA